AUGUAUUCCUCCCGUGGGAGUGAUGCUUACGGGCAGCAACAGCCGUACUCGUCACAAUCUGCUUAUGUGCAGAGCUUGGGAGCUGCAUAUUCGGGGACUUCAGUUGGAGGGCCUGAUGGAGCCUCUCAACUAUCACUGGGUUCGCGGCAUUCCUCGAUGUUAGGAGGUCCUUCUCAAGAGACAGAUAUCAGUGGGUAUAGAGCUGGUCAUCAUCCCCCUUCCGGAGCUCAUUAUGGUGGCCAAUACAGUUUGGUGUAUGGUUCAGCUGCUCAACAGGUUCCUGCUAUGAGUGCCAAAGGAUCUGGGCAGUCUGCUUUGGAAGGUCGCAGUGGUUAUGGCUCAUCUAUGCCAGACUCACAUAAGUUCGCAUCUGGUGACUAUGUUUCAUCAUCAAGCCACUUAUAUGGCCACAAAGGUGAUCAGUUAUUCUCUGAAAAGAUUCCUGAUUAUCCGUCAGUGGAAAGACAUCAAUAUGGUGAGCGACAGAGUACUUAUUUGGGGAGGGAUUUGCAAAGUGAACCGACUGGUCGGUAUGCUGAAUCGGUUGGUGUUGCUCAUAAGCAUCAGCCUGACUUGUAUGAUCGCAUAGAUCAGGCUUCUCUGCUUCGACAAGAACAAUUGCUGAAGGCUCAGUCACUGCAAGCUGGUUCCCUUGAUGGGGUUUCCAGACAAGCUGAUUAUCUUGCAGCAAGGGGGGCUACCAUCCGUCAUCCGACCCAUGAUCUUCUGUCUUAUGGUGGAAGAAUGGAUGCUGAACAUCACAGUUUAUCAAUGUUAAGCAGUUCAUCGUAUGGUGGACAACCUGCACCAUCAAUUUUAGGGGCGGCUCCAAAGAGAAAUGCGGAAGAUCUUGCGUAUGUUCAGAGUUCUUCAAAUCCAGGUUAUGGAGUGAGCCUGCCUCCUGGUAGGGACUAUGGCACGGGAAAAGGGCUUCGUGGCACAUCUCUUGAGUCGGAUUAUCCAGGUAGCAUGUCGGCACGUAGUGGUCAUCCAAGGAUUGAUGAUCGUAAAGAUGAUAGGGGCGCAUAUGCUCGGGAGCUUGAGCGAAGAGAGGAGGAACGCCGUAGGGACAUUUUACGUGAACGAGAGAAAGAAAGAGAAAGGGAUAAGGCAAGGGAACGAGAACGAGAACGGGAACGUGAAAGAGAGCGUGAAAGGGAACGCAUUUUGGAGCGGCGAGAAAAGGAGAGGGAUCGAGAUCACAAACGUGGACUUGAAAUAAGGCGUGAUCGAACUCCACCAAGGAUAUCCAGGGACCGCGGUGGUUCCACAUUGACAAAGGAUGGGAGAUCUUUGAGACGGGAAUCCCCUCGUCACGAAGCUUCGCAUAGGCGUCGUUCACCUGUAAAAGAAAAAAGAAGAGAAUAUAUCUGCAAGGUUUACUCCUCCAGUUUGGUAGAUGUUGAAAGGGAUUAUUUAUCAAUAGAUAAACGAUAUCCCAGGAUUUUUAUCUCUCCAGAUUGCUCCAAGGUGGUAGUGAACUGGCAAAGGGAGAAUAUCAAACUAUCUAUCAAUACUCCUGUCAGUUUUGAACAUGAUUUUCUUGAAGAAGCAACUGCUACUGAGCAGAAAGAGUUGCUCCCUGUACCCUUGGCUGAUGAACCUGCGAAAUCAGAACAUGGAGUAACUAUCUGGCAUGCAAAGAUGAUUUUGAUGAGUGGACUUAGCCAAAAUGCUCUGGAGGAGCUGUCAUCUGAAAGAAACUAUGAGGAACGCAUCCCCCAUUUUUGCAACAUGCUUAGGUUUGCUGUUCUUAAAAAAGAUAAUUCUUUCGCGGCAAUUGGAGGUCCAUGGAGUUCUGUUGAUGGUGGGGAUCCAUCUGUUGAUGACUCCUGUUUGGUUCAAACAGUUCUUCGAUAUGCAAAUGACGUAACUCAUCUUGAUUUGAAGAACUGCCAGCACUGGAACCGUUUCCUUGAGAUACAUUAUGAUCGAGUUGGCAAGGAUGGGCUUUUCAGCCAUAGAGAGGUCACUGUCCUGUACGUUCCAAAUUUGUCAGAUUGCCUUCCUUCAUUGGAUACAUGGCGAGACCAAUGGCUUGCCCACAAGAAGGCUAUUGCUGAGAGAGAGCACCAGCAUUCUCUGAAAAAAGAGUGGGAUUUUCCAGGUGAGAGUUUUCUGUUUUCAAUGUGCAUAUAUGGCUGUUAUGUUGGCUUCACUCACUAG